AUGUCGACUGGGGAGGAAACCCAUCCUUUACUUUUGUCCAAGAACACGAAGUUCAAUACUCUUUCUCUUCACGACGAGGUACGCGAAAACGAUGGCGUUUUGAAAGUCGGAUUUGAUGUUGGGGAAAAAUCAUUACAGAGGAGGAGCCGCGGACAUCAAUGUGUCCUCCUCGCGUUGGCGGCCAUCGCAUGCUCGCUUCUCGUCCUGAAAAUACGCGUGCACUCAGAAUUCGACGAAACAAAGCUAGGCGCGACCACGUACUACGAAAAUCCAGUGUAUACGGAUCAAAACACCGACCCGAUGACGGAGAAGAACGUAAACGAUAUCAAAACGUCUCGUUUGGCAGUCACCUUGCACACCGGGUGCUCGCCGCACGAAAAGCUCCCGUGGCACAUCGAAGACAAAUCCACGUGGGGUCAAGAAGUCGGCGCGAAAAUCAUAUUUAAAUCCGAUACGAACGAUUUCUUCUUCGAACGAGGGGUGGAGAUGGAAAACGUCGGGUGCGGGUCGUAUUCGAUCGAGACGGAGGACUUACUCGUCGGCAUGCAGUUCGGGUUCGCGUUGUACCAGAAGAAUAAUCAAACGGCGCACCAAGCGACGAAGGAUAUCGGGUGUCGAUCGGAAUCGGACUCGGAUACGAGAUGUCCGUCGUGGAAGUCACCGCAUGGGGACGGUAUCCGAGGCGGACCGAUGGAGAUGACUGAAUGCACGUUUCAAUAUAAGUACGGCGCGGUGACUUUUUACAACCGAGUCUUUGACGGCGAGACGACGGAUUACGUUUGGGGAAGUUGUUUGGACACGUGCCCGGCGUUUACGAGAGCGCCGUAUUGUGGGAAAUCGGAAGAGGUGCCACAAAUUGGCCAGCUUGAAUUGAGAGAAGAUGAAAAGUGCACGCCGGGCGAGUAUUUACAAGCAAACGGCAAGUGCCAGAGAUGUCCGGUUGGACAUUACUCCGGGGAAGCCGAAGCGAGCGAGUGUCAGCCGUGCGCGGCGGGAACCAUGCAACCAAACGAAGGUCAAACUGAAUGCAUCGCGUGCCCGAACGGGUGGUACCAGAGUGAAAUCGGUCAGCAAUACUGCGAAUCCUGCCCUGGCUCGAGAGCGGACUCGUCGAGACGCAAGUUACAAGGCGGCAUGCUCGAUAAGAUGAAAAAUUUCGAUUGGUCAAAGUUCGGGUCCGUAGAUGGCUGGGAAUGGAUACAAAACACAACCGAGACGAUCGUGAACAAAACGGAAACCGCGUACGACGAUGCCAAGAAUGCCGUGAAUAGCACGUUGACCAGCGGCGCGGACACCGUGAAACAAUCGGCGAAGAAAGCCUCGGACGCGGUCUCCGACACGUUUAGUAAAACGAAAGAGAGCGCGGAAGAUUCAAAGGACACCGUCGAUGCAGCCGCCGCGGACGCGAAGGAAAAGACGGACGACGCAAUCGACGACGCCAAAAAAAGCGCCGAAAAGACAACGGAGGAUGUGAAAGUGGCGGCGAAGAAGACGCAAGAAAGCGCCGAAAAGGCAACGGAGGAUUCGAAAGAAAACGUCGACGAUGCCGUGAACGGCGUAAAGAAAGCGACGGUUUCCGCCGAAGAAGCUGCGGAAGACGCCGCCCACGACGCCAAGGAGAACGUCGAGAAAGCAACGACGACUGAUCCGAAACAAGCUGUUGACGAUGCCGCGCACGAGGUGAAGAAAGCGACAGUUUCUGCGGAAGAGGCUGCGGAAGAUGCCGCCAACGCGAGCAAAGAGAGCGUCGAAGAUGCCGUGGAAACGGUGGAAGACGCGGCAAAGAAAGUGGGGUCUCACGGCGGUAACGAUAGCGAUAGUGAUGGUAGCGAAAGUAGUAGCAGCGAAAACACAAGCGAAGACGACGUCGUCGUCGAAAAGAGCGUCUCAGUUGAAACGACGACGACGACGAAAGAGGCGAAGGAAGAGAGUAGCGGACCAGUCGCGCAGGCGACUACUCCUACUUCCAUCUCUAGCGACGAAACUUCUUCGUCUUCUUCUUCUUCUUCAACUACUACGAGCGCUGCUCCGACGACGACGACGCCGUCGACGACCACUUCGACUCCAACUCCUACGACUCCUACUUCGACCUCCUCCUUUGAAAACGGCGACAAAAGCACCAACCGCGGCGCCACUUCCCUCGCGCAGUGUCCGUCGGCUUCCUCUUCUUCUUUCGAGUUAGGAAAAGAAACAGAAAAAGAAGAAGAAGAACUCACGAGUCGAAUCGGCCAAGCAAAAACGACACCACGAGCUUCGUCUUACCGAAGAGGGUUCCACCACAUCGGCAAUGGUGAAAACGGCGUCGCGACGCCGCCUCGCUCUUGGGCGGUGUAA